GUGCAUAGAGUAGUAUUUCUCACAGAGCUGUCAGGCUGGAUACAGUGUACUCAGCACUGUAGCACUGUAGUCCAUAGACAUUUUCCUCUCUCUCUCUCUCUCUCUCUCUCUCUCUCUCUCUCUCUCUCUCUCUCUCUCUCUCUCUCUCAUUCUCUCCUUCUCUCCUUCUCUCUCUCUCAUUCUCUCCUUCUCUCUCUCUCCCUCAUACACAUGCGUCUCUCAAGAUUUACUGACUGUUCAUGAAACAGUUUUUACCCACGAUGGAUUUUCACGUCCUUUUUCAGGAAGUGUCCCUGGAUUGAUAUGUCUCCUGCCCGACUUGGUUCUCUGGCAAAAAUGUAAAAGUAGAGAGGUGAAUUCAAUAAGCCUGAAAAACAAGCUUCUAUCAUCUUAUGAAAAAUCAUACAAGACUUCUUGCAACGGGCAUUAUUGUUAUUGCCAGAUGACUGAGGAUUAAUUAUUAACUACCAAGCAUACCAUGAUUACAUCUUGCCUGGAAGGAUAGACAACCCUCAGAGGCAUGUUUCUAAAAGGAUUUUCAAUACCAAAGAUGUCAUUCCUUACCAUGGAGGAUGUGCUGGGUGUGUAAAAGAAUCCCCUAACUGAAGAGGUGGAGCAGGACAGAAGAAAGUGGUUUGGGAACUGACCCUGGCUCCUCUGAAACUUCUUCCUCUGUUGCCACUUUGGAGUUUGACCCCUUCGGUAACUCUGGAUAAACUCAGCAAAUACUGUUGGAAGACUUUCUCCCUCCCUACAGAGGAUGUUUCCAGUUUACUUCACUCUGCAGCUAAUCGACGGAUCUCCUGUUCAUGGAGAACAACACUAAGGAUGCUACACAAGCCAACACAGAAGUGAACUACUGAUGCCUUUCCUGUUGAAAGAGAAGGAAGCAAACAUGAAGGAAAAUGUGACAUCAACAACUAUCUUUCUUUUGCUUCUUUUUCUCAACACUAACCUCCUGAAUGGACAAUCAGCCCCUGGAAAACCUAAGAUCGAAAAGUGUCGUUCCCCUGAAAAGGAAACAUUCACUUGCUGGUGGAAGCCAGGAUCAGAUGGAGGAACUGCUGCCAACUACACUUUAUUUUACAGAAAAGAAGGAGAGUCACUCACCCAUGAAUGUCCUGACUACAAAACUGGAGGUCCUUAUUCCUGUUACUUUAACAAGAAGCACACUUCUAUAUGGAUGAUAUACAUCAUCUGGGUCAAUGCCACUAACCAGAUGGGAAGGAGUAUGUCAGAACCACAUUAUGUGGAUGUGACUUACAUAGUUGAACCGGACCCUCCUUUGAACUUGACAUUAGAAGUAAAACAAUCAGAAGAUAGAAAAUCAUAUCUGUUGCUGAAAUGGUCUCCACCUGCCCUGGUUGAUGUUAGGUCUGGUUGGCUAACACUUCAGUAUGAAUUGCGACUAAAACCUGAGAAAGCCCCAGAGUGGGAGACUCAUUUUGCUGGACAGCAGACACAAUUUAAAAUCUUCAGCUUGUACCCAGGACAGAAAUACCUUGUGGAAGUUCGCUGUAAACCAGACCAUGGUUCCUGGAGUCAGUGGAGCCCUGAAAAUUCAAUUGUGAUACCCAGUGACAUCAAAAUGAAAGACACAACGGUGUGGAUCUUCGUGGCUAUACUGUCAUCUGUGGUUUGUCUGAUUAUGGUCUGGACGAUGGCUCUGAAGGGCUACAGCAUGAUCACCUGCCUCCUGCCACCUGUCCCAGGCCCCAAAAUAAAAGGAUUUGAUACCCAUCUGCUGGAAAAAGGGAAGUCUGAAGAACUCUUGAGUGCCCUGGGGUGCCAGGGUUUCCCUCCUACUUCAGACCGUGAAGACCUUCUAGUAGAGUAUUUGGAAGUGGACGACAGCGAAGACCAGCAGCUGAUGCCCACCUAUGAGAAAGAUCAUCCUAGCCAAGGCAGAAAGCCCACCCAGCUUGAUCCGGAUAAUGACUCUGGCAGGGGAAGUUGUGACAGUCCUUCUCUUUUGUCUGAGAAGUGUGAAGAACCCCGGAUCCCUGCACCAACCUUCACCAUUCCAGAGGUCAAUGAGAAACCAGAUGAUCCUGGAACAAAUGUAACCCACAAUUGGGAUCCCCAGGGCAUAAACUUCAAAGGUAAGAACCCCUAUUUCAAUGCUCUUGGGUCCAAAUCUUCAACAUGGCCUAUACCACAGCAAUCCAGCAACCACAGCCUGAGAUGCUCUUACCACAACAUUGCCGACAUUUGUAAAGUGGCCCUGGGCACUGUGAAUGGUCCCACUGUUUCAUUGGGGAAAGAAGAGAACCAUGCUUUAAAUUACCCAACAACCAUUGACACUGGUGGGGAAGAAACAACAGACAAGCAGAAUGAGUUGGGACACUUCCAUUCCAACGUUGACCAAGGCACAACAUGGCUGCUACCCAAUGAGAAAAUGCCUUUUAUGUCUCCCAGGCCCAUGGACUAUGUAGAAAUUCACAAAGUCAACAAAGAUGGCGCAUUAUCCUUGCUACCAAAACAGAAAGAAAGUAAUGGCAAUACAGAACAGGCUAGCGCUCCUGACAGUAGUAAAGAGUAUGCUAAGGUAUCCAGGGUUAUGGACAAUAACAUCCUGGUGCUGAUGCAAGACCCAAGAGCUCAGACCAGGGUGAUAUUUGAAGAAUCUGCUAAGGAAAGUCCUCAGCCACUACAACACAACCAAGCUGAGAAAAACCUGUCCUACUGCACCUUUCCACCAGGUGACUGCAGACUCCAGACUGGUGGGUUGGAUUACCUGGAUCCGACUUGUUUUAUUCACUCCUUUAAUUAAUUGAUUCAUUCAUUGCAAUGUGAUUUUUCUUCAGGUAACACUACAGAAUAAGUUCAAUGCAAUCAAACACAGAAUGUUCAAGAAUGUGGUUUAGAAAUGGCACUAAGUAAAACCCAUCUGCAGCUCACACUUUCUUAUGCUUCACUUUCAUCCAGUUGUCUGCUUUCAAACUGUUGAUGCCAGAACAAAUUAUUUUGUUUUCUAAUUGUAAUGUGUAGUUUUAAUUUUGGCUUGUAGUAUACAAUGACAUGUACAAUAAAAUAAAAGCACAUUGCUUAGUUUUUGGGAGCAGGGGGUGGAAAUUCCAAUAGAUGUAUUAUUUUGAUAGGGAUUCAUGGCUUAGCACAUAACCAAAGUAAACUAAACAAACAGAAAAAAUUGUUUAAUGCUAUAAGAAAGGAGCAUAGGCAUGUGUAGAGCAUGGGCCAUGGGUUCCCAGGUGUGCUGGCACACCUAGUCCAUAAUCCAUUCACUCCUAUAUAGAAGGAGGAAAAAGAAAGGAGAUUAUGUGCCAUGAAAACCAAAUUUCAAACCAGUUUUUUUAAGCUUUACACUCCUCUAUCAUUUUGUUAGGAUUGCCCAAAUAGAAUGCACUAAAAGAAAAACCCAUCCCAGAAAAUAUGGCCUAUUUGUUGAAUUGCUAUGGCACAUCUUCUGCUUACACAUUGAUUGCUGAUGUGCUAAGAAAAAAAAAACAAUGCCUUGGGUUGGUCUCUCUUUUUUUAGGUAGUUUGAAUGCUAGCAUGAAUCUUCUGAAAUUUUGUCAUAUUCCAAAGCCUCUAAAAUAUUUAAGUGGAGAAUUCAAAGCUUCUUAUAUAAGAACUAAAUAAAUUGCUCUUACUGGGGGGCAAAUCCUUGUCAA